CAGCGAAGAGAGGCUUAUUUUACAGUAGUAAUACCUUGUAGAAAGCUCUGUACAACACUUGUUGGCACUGGAAUCUUUCUUAUUGCGGAGUACAGGAUCAGAAGCAGCAAAUGUUUCCGGUCAGGCAGCCUUGGCUUUGCAAAGCCUUAGGUUGUUAUGAUUGCUGUAUCCGGUGCAUUGGGGCAGUGCCCUACCCAUCCCUGGUGGCCACCUUGCUGUGCUAUGCUGGCAUGGCAUUAUUUUGUGGCUGUGGGCACGAAGCGUUGACCCAGACCGAAGUCCUCGUCGAGACUUACUUUGCCCGCAACGUUCAGGACUAUGUGGUCAUGGCCUCUUUUAUCAAAUACUUUCAGUACGUGAUCUAUGGUCUGGCAUCAUUUUUCUUCCUGUAUGGUAUCCUGCUGCUGGCUGAGGGUUUCUACACAACAAGUGCUGUCAAGCAGACCUUCGGCGAAUUCAGGAGUACCCAGUGCGGCCGCUGCCUCAGCCUGACGUUCAUCAUAGUGACGUACAUCUUGGCCUUCAUCUGGCUGGCGGUGUUUGCCUUCACUGCUAUCCCAGUCUUCUUCUUGUUCAACAUGGAGCAGACCUGCCACACCAUCAACAUCCUGUCUGAAACGACCCCCAUCAUUAAUCAGCAUGGCUGGAUUUGCAUGGACGCCAGGCAGUAUGGUCUGCUUCCUUGGAACGCGAUGCCAGGCAAGUCUUGUGGGACAACCUUGGCAGCUAUUUGCAAAACCAGUGAAUUCUACGUCACCUAUGACUUGUACAUAGCUGCAUUUGCCGGUGCUGGGAUCACUCUCUUAGCACUGUUCCUGUAUCUGGUUGCCACCACCUACAACUAUGCAGUGCUGCGGUUCCUGGGCAGAAAAGGCAUCCGCUAAGCCCAACACUUUUUUCUCAGUUAACCCCAUUGUCCGGCUACGAGGUGGACAGUCAGCCUAUGCACCAUUAGAUUUACAUUCAUCCUCUGGGAUACAGCAAGUUCCAAACCUGGAUUGCCUGCUAUUCUUUAGACCUUUCCAAUAACAGAAAAUGUUUCUCAUCAUUAUGUAUGAACAACAGACAGAGAGAUGAAGAUAAUUUACCCCCAGCAAUGAGCUCUGGCCUGUGCAUCAAAUCCUCCUUUGAGAUGAUUCUCUUAGCUUUGUUGUUCAUUUUCGCACUGCUGGUUGUAUCUCUCACUUUAUCCUUUGUGUGAGGCUUUGUUGGUGCUCAUUGUGAUUUAUGAUGUUUCAUGAAUAAUUAAGAGCAAUGACAGCUUGCUUUGCAAGUCAUAACUGCAUGCACAGUAUUCAGUGGUUACUGACACCCAAAUUGGCUCUCAGUAUGAUUUUGUAGCUUCUACAUUAUCACCAUCAACACUGCGUGAACUAAAGCAAGUGAAGCCGAACGUACAAAAUUUUCCCAUUGAGCGUUCACUUUGCAGUAAAUGUGCUUUUUAUUCAUACUCAUAUACUCUUCUUUCUUUUUCUUUUCUUUUUUUUUUUUUUUGCUUUGUUUAAAUGCUACCAUGGUAGGUGGGACACAAAUAUCUAGUUUCAUGGAGGCGCUCUGCUUACCGCUUAAUAUGAGUUGUUUUUGGUUACACAGGCCUUCAUGCUUUAGUAACUUCUCUCCAGCCGUUCAGUGUAUAGCCCUGCUACUCAGUCUUGUGUGUGCUUAUUUGAAAUGACAGCUCAUUAAAACAUUUAAAUCUGA